AUGAUCCUGCGGUCGGCUCUCUUCAUGUGGGCUUGCUUAGUCAUUGGCAAUGCAGAAGAGGUGGACUCCCGAGCUGAGAUGACUCUUUUUCAUAAGAACCGUCGAAGGAAGAACGAUAGUCCAGCGCGAGCGUGCGAGUCUCGGGGAAGCGAUCCUGAUGGAGAUGAUGAUGACUGCCAUAGGAGGAGAUAUCAGUUGAUCAAAGGGAUGCUCAAACCCAUGAAGGAGCUCCAUCAGGAUAACACUGAACUUCAGAGUGAAGCGAAUAGUCUCGGUCAAAGAUGGAAGCUGGCUAACGCUGAGUUGGAGGAAGCGAUGGGGCUCACAUAUGGCCCGGGAUUCAGUAAGGACAAUCCCAGCAAGAACGCAGGAUUGAUAAGCGAAUUUGGCCUCCUCGGUGGCUCCCUUCUUUCUUUGAAAGACGCUGCGAUCGCUGCGGCUGACGAGGCUUGGGCCGAGCUGGAUAAGGUUCAUUAUGGAAUCACUGUUGAUAUUGAUACGAUGAAAGAAGAGGCAGAGAAGCGCCUUGAUACGUUGGUGAAGGGGAUCCAAUUCCAGAGUAGCAUGCAAGCUGAAGCCCAGAUGCAGAAUAUGAUUAGUUUGAAUAAGCUUGGCAACCAGUACAUGCAGCAAGCGGUCGGCUCUAUCAACAAGGGCCAGAUUCCCGUGGAGAGAGGGGUAAGGCAGACCGCAGCGGCUAGGGAAACUAUGGAGAAGACUACUGAGGGCUUUUUGGAGGACUCAGAGAAUCUAUUGGAUGAUCUAUCUGAGGAAAUACAAGAGGUGCCAGAGGUGGCACUAGAGGCGCGUGAAAAGGCGCAGGGUAAGGCUGAGCAGGAAAUCGACAAGGUCAGGGACUCCCUGGAACUAGCUGCUGAUCAUACUCUCAACGAAUUCACGAAGCAAACUGAUGGAAAAACUGACAAAUUGAUGGAAUCAGGAGAGAAACAGAUUGAGGAUCAGACGAACGAGGCGCAUGAGCGCGAGGAUGCUAGACGUAAGGACGGCGAAAUGAAGAUUGAGCAACAGACUGAAGAUGUGGACUCGUUGGAAACGGAGAUGCAUAGGAAAUAUGAUAGAGCAGAAACGAAAGCUGAUGAGCGUGUGGAGCGUUAUAAAAAUGAAACUGAAGCUCCGGUUACUGAUGACAGUAAAAUGUCUGGGGACCUCAAUGAGGCUAUGAAGAAAGUUCAAGAUAUGUUGGGUAAAUUCGAGGAGGGAAUGCAAUCUGGCUCCUCUGAUUUGGAACAACAGAGAAAGGAGAAACUAACCCCAUUGAAGAGAGCGGUCUCUGAUCUACGUGCAUCUUCUGGAGAUCAUCUCGGGGAGCUGUUCAUGACGAUGGACAACUCUGUGGCGAACGCUAAUCGUGAUAUGGACAGCGCUGCACGGCUCGAGAUGCGGAGUGUUAUGAGUAAGGUUAUUGGGAUGCAGAGGCAAUUGGGUAUGCAACAGAGCAAGAUGGGAGGCUUGGUCAUGCAGUUGGAAGAUGCAUUGAAGUCGGGCGAGACCGGCUUAGCGGAAAGUCUCAAGAUGCAGAUCAACAGUCUCAAUGCACAAAUCACGCAUAGUAGUGCUGCUUUACAAGAGGCGAUGAAUGGAAUGGCCGUGAAGAUGCAACAAGAUGGAUCGGCAUUGAAAUCGCAGGCUUAUGCGACUGGAAGAGAAGUUGAGGGGAAAGUUACUCGAGGAGUGAGAGAGACAGAGAACAAAAUGAAGGGGGCUAUUCGCGAUCUUGAGCAAACUGAGGAUAAAGUUCAAUCCACUAUGAACGGCAAUAAGAGGGCCCAUCUGAAUGCUAUAAAACACGCCUUGUUGUCUGCUAAGGGAGUCGAUGCUGCAGUGGCUGGAAUCGAGAGAGAGGAGCACACUAUUAAAUCGGAGUACAUGUCACAGGAGCGCGACUCGAGGUCGACGCUUGCUCAUCUUGGGAGCUCCAUUUCAAAGCAAGAAGCCGCAUUUGUCAACGCUUUGUCGAAAGCAAUGUCAACUUCUCACGCCAAUGGGAGGCGAGCUGUUGAGGAGGAGACCAAUGCUGCUAGUAGAGGCUUCAAGCAAGUCGCUGGAGAGGCUUCAAGAGACAUUCAGAAUGUGGAGUCGGAGAAUCUACGCAACGAGAGAGAUCUGAGUUCGAAGAUGGCUUCAAGUGCGCGGAAAGGACAGGAACUUCAAGGGAAUCUCGCGGAUAUUGGAAAAGAUAUGGAGCGUGUGAUGGCUGAGAAAGAACAAGACUUAGCUGAAGAAUCAAACCUUUAUACACGAACUCUCGAUGAGCAAGCGCUGAGCAACGAGCAUGAGGUCGAUUCCCUGAGUGGUCAUUUUUCGAAGAUUCAGGGAAGUCUCGAGAAAGAUAUUCGGGCAGAGUUGAAGUCGGGGCUGGAUAGGACCUCGGGACGCACGAAGGAGGUGCUGGCCAAGGCUCAGAGUGAGCUAGAUCAUGGACAGAAGGUCUAUCUCACGGACAAGACGCGCUCUAGUGUGAUGACUAAGAAGCUCACCUCAGAUGCUACACGAUUCGACAAGCAUACGAAGCAGUUUGAGGAUGAGCUGGACGCUAUCUUGCAAGGAAUUGAAUUCACGAAGACUGAAUUUAAUGACGAAACUGAGAAACUCAAUACGCGAUUUGCGAAAGUGUCUGGUGGAGAGGCUGGGCGAUUAUCACACAAAACCGAAAUUUUAGAAAAGAAGCUUGCGGCUAUCCCCCAGGUUUUCGACAAGGCUGCUAAGCAGAUCGAGAAGGAGGCUCUUGAUUCAACUAGAGAUAUCAAUCUUAGAAUCACGAAACUCAACGAGAGAGCUAAUACAGAGGAAACUGAACAGGAAAAGGACGAGGCUGAGGAGGGCAUAAGAGUAAUGGAACAACUGAAAAACCUCGCGAACAAGGACCGUGCUGAUGACACUAAGAUGAAGAGCUCGUUGCUCAAGGGUGAUGGCGCUAACAACGAGAGGACUCAAGAAGUACAGGAAAGCAUGAAGAAAGUUACUGGCAAUCUCGAGACUAUUGAAGAUGCAGUUGGUCUGAAGAAUAACGAUCUCGGUGAUGAAGUGGCGGAGUUUGGUCAGAGGGACACGGGCCUGCUCUCUGGAGCAGGAGGAGCGGUGGUCCAGGCCGAGUCAUUGGUGUCUAAGGAAUUGAAGGAGGGAAGGGCUGGUAACAAGUUCGAUAUUGAGACAGCUCAUAUGGGCAAUAAUCGACGAAUAGAGAAGACUGAGGCUGAGAAGGAUCAUUCGGCGAUUUUAGCCAGGCAUGAGGAAGCUAUUUUUAAAGGUUUGGAACAUUCUGCUAAGAACAAUAUAUCGGGAAUGUUCAAGAAAGCUCAAGAGACUAAACUUAGAAUGACUAAGACCCUUUCCAAUGUGAUGGAUGAGCUGGGGAAGAUACAGAUGGACUUUGAAGGCUCUGAGGCUGGUGAUAGCAGCGAUAUUGCAAUUCGUCUUGCUCACACGAGACAGGCGGUGAAGAGCAUCCUACAGCUGUGGGAGGAAUACUCGCAAGUGAUGGGCAGAAAUUUGAAGCACUUCCAGAAAGAUGACACUGAGUUUAUUGAGCAACUCACUAUGAGGUUACAUCAGGCCAUGUUGAAGACCGAAGAUAUUCUCACUAAGUCCGUGGACGAGGUCAAUAAGCUCCACAGGAAGCUCGAUAUGGGGUAUGUUCAGAGCAAGGACUUUGAUAGCAAGAUGACGGAUAAUGUAAAACGAAUGAGAGUUGAGGAGGCUAAGGUAUCGAACCGCACGGAAACACUCAUAGAGAAGAUUCGAAAUAAGCUAGCCACUAUGGAGGAGAAGCAGGAUGCUCUCGAUGAUGAGGCAUUGAGAAAUGCCAGGAAGAUAGUUGAUAAUAUGGAAGAGGACAUAACUGAGAAGGCUGAUCAGGUGUUGAGCAGCGUGGGUCUGCCAGGCGACGGUUCGACUCCCAGACCUCGUGACGAAAGAAUCGAUGAGUUCUGGGGAAACAGGGAGAGCUGGAUCCUCUCAGAACAUAAUUCAAAGACAGACGUAAUAGACGAUGAUAACAUUCAUGAGCUCCUGGCUCAUCGCGCUCAGCUGCCGGGAAUGGCAGAUAGCGAGGUGAAGCGAUUGAUCGCUGAUUAUCCUGAUAUGGGAUCGGAGGAAGAACUGAUACAAAUACUAUCAAAAGUUGACUCGAGAGCUGAGUUUUCCCUCUUUCACAAGAAUAGAAGGCGUAAGGGUGAGGGUAAAGGCGUCCGGGCAUGCGAGGAGACGGGGUACUAUUCUGAUGCCGACAAUUAUGAUUGCCAUGAGAGAAGAUUCAAGAUGAUUCGAGCACUGUUCGAGCCCGAAAGAGAGCUCCAUGAGAAAUCUCGGAAAUUGGAUGCGAACGUUUCGACUCUUCAAACGGACUGGGACGCUGCAGAGGCCAAUCUGGAUAAGCUUAUGGGCUACACAUAUGGGCCGGGAUCGGAUAAGGACUCACCGAGCCAGACUGAAGGCCUCACGCAUCAAGUCGGCCUCUUGUCGGGAGCUAUGUACGAGCUCAAUUCGGCAGCGGUCGCAAGUGCAGACGAGCUGUGGGCUGAACUCGACAAGAUUCAUUAUGGUUAUGUUGCUGAUGUGGAUCAGUACAAGUCGGAGAUGUCUACUGCUCUUAAUAAUUUGCUGAAAGGGAUAACUCAACUCGCUAGGAAACAAUCAGACGCACAGUUGAGGAACACCAUCAUACUGAACAAGCAUGGGAAUAAGGAGUUGAAUGAUAUGGUCAACACUAUAAACAGCAACCAGGUUAAAGUAGAGGCUGAAGUGAAGCAGGCUGAUUCUGAGAAGACACGGAUGGAGAAAGUCACUUCGGAAGGCUUGGAUGACGCUGAGGAUGCUUUGUCGGGCUUGUCGGAUGAGGUUGCAGAGCUACCAGAAGCUCAGAACGAGGCGAGAGAGAAGGUUCGGAAACAGCUGAGUGAGAAGAUUGAGGACAGCGCUAUGAAGGCAGAAGAUGAGCAGCAUAAAUUGGUAGAGGGUUAUAAAGCUGAUGGGGAUAAGAAACUCGAUAACUUCGUUCAAGACGGCGCUGCAUCGAUUGAUAACCAGUUGAAGGCAUGGGAUGGUGAGGAGAAGAAGAGACGAGCCGUGAUAGACUCGCAGAUCUCACAGGAGAGUGCGAAGGUUGAGGAGCAACAGAAAGCGUUCAAGAAAGAGUUCGAUUCUGCGGAUGAGAAAUCUCAACGGACCGCUGAGAACUUCGCUCGUGAAACGGAGAAGGAGUGGGGAGAUCAAGAAAAGGUAUCGACUGACAUGGUUACCUCUAUGAAGGCGUUGAGAGGUAUGCUGAAUGAGUACUCGGCCAAUACUGAUAAGCAAGCUCAUGAGCUCACAGAAGAGACUCGGCAGAAGCAGGCAGCUAUUAAGAAGGAAAUAUCAGAGGCGAUAAGUGGCGCGGGUUCGAGCCUCGCGGAUGUCCUUUUAUCUAUGGACCGCUCUCUUUCUUCGGCGGAUAAGGACAUGUUCGCGAGCUCGAGUGCGGCGAAGGAUAAAGUGAUGGCGAUGGUUCGUGAUGCAUUCCGAGAAGGAGGGCAGAAGGGAGCUAACAUGGCAGCGGUAUUGAAUGACCUUAUGCAUGGCAUAGAAAAGGGAGAGAAGGCGCUCUCAGCUGAUGUAAAGGCGAAAAAUGAAGAAGUUGGGGCUGAGACUACUCGAGUUGGCGAGAGGCUUCAGAAGGGACUUGACGAUCUCUCAUCAACGCUUGAUCAGACGGCUAAAGACAAUGUGGAGAAGUCGAGGAGGAUGAAGGAAACGGCGGAGGGGUCUAUGAAAAAAGGUCGUGCUGAAUUCGAAGGGAAGAUAGGCAGUGCGGAACGGCAAGCUGAGGGGAACAUUAAGGGAGCUGAUAGUGAGAUGAAGGAGAACUUCCAGGGUCUGUUGAAAAUGGUUACUGAUGCUGGCGGUAGUGCUGAUGACCUGAUGAAAGCAUUGCGAGGCCUCUCACAAGAAGAGGGCAAUAUUAAAGGGGAUGUCCUUGUUGAGAACCGACGCUCCUCUGAGAGCCUUCAGCGCUUGGCCAAGUUGCUAUCAACUACCGACACUGAGCUGGCUUCAAGAUUGAGUGCAUUUGUGAGGGCGUCUGGGUCGGGGAUGCAGGAUGCUCUUAAAGAUGAGGAUAGGAAAGCGAAUCGGGCAUUCCAGGAUGUGGCUGCUCAGGCUAGUCAUGGGAUUCAGACGUACGAGUCGGAGACCCGUCGUAUCGCUGGGGAAAUGUCGGCGAGUCUUGGGCUGGACCAGCAAAGGUCUCAGGCGUUGCAGCAAGAGCUGAGGAGUGUGGAUUCGUCUGUGGUUGGGUUGGUGAAGUCACAGGAAGAGGAAUUGUCGAAAGAGAAGAAUCAAUUUACGGAGCAGUUGGCGCAGAGUGAUGUGAAGGCGGAUGCCGCAUUGGCUCAAGUGCAGGCUGAGUUGGCGGGGAAUGAGGGCAAAAUGGAGGAAAGUUUGAAGAGCAUGCUCGAGUCGAGGAUGAUGAAUGCUGAGAAAAGGGUUCAUGAUGUGGAGAAUCGAGCGCAGUCGGAGAUUGAGGGGGCGCAGAAGAAGUACCUGGCUGAGAAGACGAGCUCAGCGGUUUUGGAGAAGAAGCUGCGUGAUGAUGGUCAGCAAUUUGAUCGGGCGUCUAGAGGGUAUAGACAACAAUUGGAUGGCGUGCUGAGCUCGGUGGAGACCCAGAAACGACAGUUUGAGGAUAACUUUAUGAACCUUAUGGAACGUUUCGGCAUUUUGUCUCACCACGAGACAGAGAAACUUCGUAACCUGACAACCGCAUUCGAAGAGAGGGUGCGGAAGCUACCACAAAUUAUGUCCAAGACGGCUGAGGAUAUUGAGCGCGACUUCACAGCCUCCCAGCAGCAGAUAGAGGUACGUUUGAGUGAACUACAAAGCCGGGCUAAGAACGCCGAGACUGAGGAAGAACGGGCAGCGGCGAUGCAAGCUGUGGAGGCAUUGGAACAAAUGCGCACACUGGCUGAGCGGGUUAGGGGAUCUAAUGCGGCGUUAAAACAGAAAAUACUCAAUGGUGAGCAAAUUGAUAGUCGGCAAGUUGACGCAUUGCAGACCAGUAUGAAGAGCGUUGUGGGAAAUCUAGAGAUACUGGAUGCUCAUCUCAACAGCGAGACGAGUAACUUGCAAGGAGAGGUUGAGAAUGUGGCGCAACGGACGAGUUUGCUUUUCCAUGGAUUGGAGGCCGCUAUGAAUCAGACCAAUGCCUUGCUUGAUAGGGAGCAGAAGGAGUCGGAGUUGUCGACCAAAUUUGCCAUCCAGACAACGGAGAUUAACAACAAGCGGCGAAUAGAUGGUGUUGCUGAUUCGGUGAAGAAGGCUGAUAAAUUGAUCAAAGUGGAGAACAUGGAGCUGUAUAGGCUGGAGCAUGAACAGAAGAACAACAUAUCUAAAGUAUAUGAUGGGGUACGGGAUAUGAAGGAGGGCAUAGAGAAGCGUAUAGGAGCAGUUAUGAUGGAGCUCUCUAGGAAUCAGGCUAAUAUUGAGACGGAAGCCAGAGGGGAGGAAGGGGACGUGGCUAUCCGGUUGGGGUUGGUUCGACAAGCUGUUGGGCAUUUCUUGAAUUUAUGGAGAGACUUUUCGGAGGUCAUGUCGUCCAAAUUCCAACGCUUCCAUCAAGCGGACGCUGAGUUUAUUGAACAGCUGGAUGCGCAAGUUCGUAAUGAGCUAGCUAAGGGCAAGGACGUGGUGGUGAAGGCGAUGGAGAAGGUCAACAGGGUUCAUAAGGAGUUGGAUAAGGGGUAUGAGGAGGAGGAAGCAUUUGAGAAAUACAUGAAGGAACAUAUAGCAAAACUUGAGGAAAGACAGAGGGCUAUUCAUGACAACAGGAAUGAGUUGUUGUUGAAGGCCAAGGCGGAGUUAGCAGAUCUGCAGAGGAAGCAGGAGAAGAUGGAUGCUGAGGAGCGACAGUAUGUUCGAGAUAACAUUGCGCAGUUUGAGGAUGAUAUGACGAAGAAAGCAAAUCAGGAUGUUGACACGCUCGACGUCGAUGAUGCAGAUCUGUCCUCGCUGUUGGCCCAUAGAGCACAGCGUCCCCGAGCAGAAGAUGAUGAGGUCAGCCGGUUAGUGUCGGAUUAUUCUGAUAUUGGAAGCGAAGAGGAGUUGAUGGAGAUCGUUCGGAAGGUGGAUGCCCGAGCGGAAAUGACGCUGAUGCACAAGUCGAGACGAAGGAGGGGCGAGGCGGCUGGGGUGAGGGCAUGCGAAAUGCUGGGAGUCUAUUCGGAUGCUGAUAAUUAUGACUGUCACAUUUUAAAAUAUAAGAUGAUACGAGAGCAGUUCGGCCCGCAGCGGUCGGUCCAUGACCAAGCCAAGGAUAUGCGGGUUAAUGCCAGUACUCUUGCGGUUGAGUGGAAUAAUACGGAGACGACUUUGGAUAAGCUAAUGCGGUAUACAUAUGGGAGAGGCGGGUCUAAGGCUAACCCAUCUACUACUGAUGGAUUGACGCAUAAGAUUGGCCUUACCUCGGCGGCCUUGUAUGAGCUGCAUGCUGCAACGGUGACUGCAGCCGAUGAGAUCUGGGCCGAGUUCGACAAGAUCCAUUUCGGAUAUGCAGCGGAUAUAGAUGACUUGAAGAGUGGUGCGGUGAAUGCCUUCAACUCGUUGAUGACGGGAGUACAGAACAUGGUGGCCACCCAGGCUAAUGAUCAAAUGGCGAAUCAACUACGGCUUAAUGGAGAUGCCAAUGAGAAGCUUGGGAAGUUGGCUAAGGGCAUAAACAACAUACAAGUGAAGGUGGAGCGAGCUGCUAGAAGUGUGGUACAUCAAAAGGAAACUUUGGAGGAGACCGCUGAGAAAACUUUAGAGGAUGCGGAAAACACUCUGACGAACAUUGCAGAUCAGCUUGCUGAGGUGCCGGUGAAGGACGCGGAUGAGCGGGAUAAGGCGGCCGAGGAGAUACGCAGUGAAUUGCGUAAGACGGAGGACGAGGGAGAGGCAGAAUUGAAGAAGAAUGUGGCCGGAUAUGAGGAGAAGGCUAAUAAGGAGGCGGCACAGCUCGAGGAGGCCACUAAGAAGCAAAUCGAGAAUCAUGCGGCGGACUGGAAGGCGGAAGAGGACACUCGUCGGGAGAAGAUGAAUGCGAAUAUUGGCAAAGAAAGGGAUGAAUUGGAGCUAGCUCGGGGAACCGUCACGAACGCCUUAGCUGCAGCCAAGGAGAGGGCAGCCCAGCAGGAGAUCGAGUUUCAGAAGAGACGUGCUGGGAAGUGGGGAGAGUUCCAGAAGCUGUCCGAGGACAUCGGCCUGACCAGAGACGAGAUAGGAGCAUUGGUGAAGAACUUUGGUGCCGAGGGCGUGCUGAAGGGGGAGAAGGCGUCCGCCGCAGAUUUGGAAGCUAAAAUGAGGGGAAUAAACGAGGAGACAGGGGAGGUUAGUGAGAACCUGCAGGGAGGCGUUAACCAUCUGAUGGAUGACUUGAACCAGAAUGCAGAGAAGAGCAACUUGAAGGCCCGGGGGCUUAAGAAGGACCUCGAGAGUUCUUUGAACGCUGGUCUCAACGGUGUGGAUGGUAAGCUGGCCGGACUGAGCCAGGGCAUGGCAGCUGAUGAAGAGAAGACGACAGGGGAGAUGGAUAAGGGCCUACAUACUAUUCUGAAUCAAAUUGGGAGUGUGGGGGGCUCAGCCAACAACCUGUUGAAGGGCCUCAUGAGCCUCUCUCAUGAUGAAAGUCAGUUGAAGGGUGCUGCUUUGGAUGGGGAGCGACAGACAUACUCCAACCAACAGCGCUUAGCCCGGCAGCUCGCACAGACCCUGUUCGGAUUGGGCGGGCAACUGAUGCAGUUUUUGAGUGGAUCGAAGAGCAAUCUGGAUUCUAGUAUGCAUAAUGAGGAUUUGAAGGCUCGGAAAGAGUUUGGUCUCCUCAGUGGGGAAUUCGGCAUUGGAAUAAAAGAUUAUGAAGGAGUUGGUAAAGAGGGCUAUGCGGAGCUCCAGAGUAGGCUCGGAAAUGAGAGGGCACGGGCUAGGACGCUGGAUGGGGACUUGAGGCGGACCGAGGAGGAGAUGGAGGCUCUUCAAAAGGGAGAACGACUCGAUCUUGACGAUGAGAAGAAGGCUUACGAGAACUAUCUAUCGCAGAAUACUGCUAAGGCGGGAGCUGAGCUGGAGGGAAUCAGGGCUAAGCUUCUUGGUGACACGGGACAGAUGGAAAGGGAAAUGCGAGAACAGAUGGACUCGGAGGCUCAGAGGUCUGAGCAGGAUGCUCGGAAGAGGGAGUCAGAGGCUGAUAGGGCGAUCAGCGCUGCUGAACGAAGACUGCAAGCUCAACGUUCGGAUGAUGCGAAUAUUCAAAGGAAGCUCGAGGAGGACUCUGAGCGGUUCGAGAGAGAUGAGAAGAGCAGUGAAGGGGAGCUUGAUGGGGUCUCGAAGAACGUAAAUGGCGAAGGGGAAAAGUUCAAGGGAGAUUUCAAUCAGCUGAUGAACGAGUUUAGCAAUAUGAAGGGGAAAGAACAGAGUGAUUUGAAUAAACUCACGGAGAACUUCAAAAAACGAGUGGAUGCACUACCGAGGACGUUGGCGUCCAAGAUGGACCAACUUCAGGCGUUACAGCGGAUGAAGGAGUUCGCGGUGAAGGUAAAGGGAGCAGAUGCUGCGAUGAAAGCAAAGAUUCUAAGAGGGGAGGAAGUGGACAAGGAUGAGAUGCUCAGUGUGCAGGAUGGGAUGAGGAGUGUUCUUGACAACCUUGAGAACAUCGAGAAUCAUUUCAAUGGCAAUAGCGAUUCUCUCAAUUUGGAGUUCGGCGACGCCGAGAGACGAAUUGACGGAAUUUACAGCGGCAUGGGGGCUUCUGUGACAGAGGGAAUGUCAAUGCUCGAUAGGGAGCGUAAGGAGGCUCUUACUGGAGCUCAGUUCGACACGCAAACGUCUGAGUUGGAGAAUAAACAACGACUCGAUCGAUUGAAUAGCGCUGCUGAUGGGGCGAAGAGAAUUUCUAUAAUGGAGAAUCAACAGUUACUAGCCUUGGAACAUGCUCAGAAAAGUAACAUCACGAAAGUGCGAGAGGAAUUACGAGACUUGAAGCAAGGCAUGCAGACGCGGAUGUCGAAUGUCAUGAGCGAACUGGCUAAAGCUCAAUCACAGGUUAAUCGAUCCGACAGUGAGGAUGGCUCCGAUGUGGCGUUCCGGUUGGGACUGGUCAGACAAGCCUGCGCCCAGUUCAUGGCCCUAUGGCGAGAAUAUGCCACUAGCAUGCAAACGAAGCUGGGCAAAUUCCAUCAGACCGAUCUUGAAACACUGGAGUUACUGGACCAAUCAAGCGAGAAGGCCGAAAGAGAUACUCAGCUUAGAGUUGAGCAAGCUUUUGAUAAGGUGAGGAAGUAUGAUAGACAGUUGAAUAGAGGAUACGAAGAAGCUGAAGAAUUUUCCAAAUAUGCUAAUACGGAAGUGGCGAAACUGAGGGAGAAAGACAAGGAGACUGAGGCUGAGGGGGAGGAUAUUGUUGAGGAAUCUCGCAAGGAAUUGGAGAACCUUGAGAAUUCGCAGAAUGAGUUGAAUGAAGGUGAAGACGACAUAGAUGAUCAUCAGUGUGCCGAGUUUUGCUCGUCAGUCCAAGUGAUCGGCAUCAAAGGAGCCUUGCAGAAAUUCCGUAGCAAUCUUGAAAAGAAGGCCGAAGAGGUUUGUUUUGGUACACUAUUGCUCGCGUAG